AGAGUUAUUUCCAGUAGAAGUGGAAUUGACCCCCACCCCGCGUUUUUAAUUCGAUCAUUUAAAUUGCCUGCAUUAAAGAAGAAACAGGAGUUAUAAUUGGAUCAUAUCCCCAAAUAUAAAUACGUGUUUACAUGAGAGGAUGUUUUACAAGUGGUUGUUUUAGGCGCAUGCGCAGACCUUUCGCGCCCGUUAGCUGUCAAAAGUUGGGUGGUUUUAGUUUUUUUUUUUCUCUCUCGCUCCUCCACGUUCUCCUCCUUCAAGCUAACCCUGGAGCCCACUCAGCACCGCGGUUAACUUCCUAAAUGUCUACACAGAGCUCCAACUUGCUGUUGAUACGCGGCGGGGCAGCCCUCUUAAAAGUUGAGGGGGAGUUCAGGGGGGCGUUCCGGGGCUCGGAAAUUCCGACUUUACAGCAACACCGCCACCUCCUCUUCCUUCACCACCACCAUCGUCGCCGUGCAGCAUGAUCUCGAUGAUCAAUCGGCUCCAGGACGCCUUGGGCAGUGCGGGUCUGAGCUACAGCCUCCUCCUGCCGCAGAUUGCCGUGGUGGGGGGCCAGAGUUCCGGGAAGAGCUCGGUGCUGGAGAACUUUGUGGGCAGAGACUUCCUUCCCCGCGGUACUGGAAUUGUCACUCGCAGACCUUUGGUCCUACAGCUACAUCACGCCGACACCGAGUAUGGGGAAUUUUUGCACUGCAGGGGGAAGAGGUUCUCGGACUUUGAUGAGAUCCGCCAAGAAAUCGAGGCAGAAACCCGUAGGCUGACGGGAAACAACAAAGGCAUCUCGUCCAUACCCAUCAACCUCCGCAUUUUCUCCCCCAAUGUGCUCAACCUGACCCUCGUGGACCUGCCCGGCAUCACAAAGGUUCCUGUGGGCGACCAGCCGCCAGACAUCGAGUACCAGGUGCGAGACAUGAUCAUGCAGUACAUCUGCAAGGAGAACUGCCUCAUCCUGGCUGUGACGCCUGCCAACAUGGACCUGGCCAACUCCGAUGCACUCAAACUGGCCAAAGAUGUCGACCCGCAGGGCCAGCGCACGAUAGGUGUGAUCACCAUGUUGGACCUCAUGGAUAAAGGAACAAAUGCUCGGGAAAUACUCGAGAAUAGAUUGCUUCCACUGAGACGAGGUUAUAUUGGUCUAGUGAACCGCAGUCAAAAGGACAUCGAAGGGAAAAAGGAUAUUAAGGCAGCCUUGCAAGCGGAGAAAAAGUUUUUCCUGUCCCACCCAGCUUACAGGCACAUGACUGACAGAAUGGGCACGCCGUACUUACAGAAGUACCUCAACCAGCAAUUGACGAACCACAUCUGUGACAGUCUGCCUGCGCUCCACAGUCACAUGCGGUGCCUACUUGUGUCCAUCAGUAAAGAAGCCGACGCGUACAAACUGUAUAAUCCAGAUGACCCCAUGUGCAAGACCAAGACCCUCAUCAAAGUCGUACAGCAACUGGCCGGCGACUUUGAGAAGUUAAUUGAGGGCUCAGCCGACGAAGUGAACACCGUCCACCUGUCGGGAGGAGCAAGGAUCAACCAGAUCUUCCAUGAGCGCUUCCCCUAUCAGCUGCACAAAAUGACGUGCGACGAAAGAAAGCUGCGGAUGGAGAUCGCCUAUGCCAUCAGGAACAUCCACGGCGUCAGGACGGGCCUUUUCACCCCCGACAUGGCUUUUCAGGCGAUUGUAAAAAAGCAGAUCUCCAAACUAAAAAUUCCGUGUUUCGGCUUUGUCGACAUGGUCUGCAAGGAACUGAUCUCCACCAUUUAUGAGUGCUUUAAUAAGAUCAGUUCUUUUCCCAAGCUGAGGGAAGAAACAGAGCGUCUCGUCACUGCCGAAAUCCGAGAACAAGAGAGUACGUGCCGAGAUCAGAUCUCUCUGCUCAUCGACAUGCAGCUCGCAUAUAUUAAUACCAAACACGAAGACUUUAUCGGCUUUGCUCAUGCUCAACCUCUGUGCCACCGUAGCGAUAACAAGAUCGUUGCCGGCGGUGGAGUACAGCAGGGUGUGGCGCCUCCUUCAAGUCUAAUAGUCAUACGAAAAGGAUGGCUCACCAUCAACAAUGUCAGCAUCAUCGCUAAGGAGUACUGGUUCAUUCUCACCGCCGAGAGCUUGUCCUGGUUCAAGGACAACGAGGAGACGGAGAAGAGGUACAUGCUCCCUCUAGACAACCUCAAGGUCCGAGAUGUAGAGAGGGGCUUCAUGUCCAGCAAAUUCGCCUUCGCCCUCUUCAAUUCUGAAUCAAGGAAUGUGUACAAGGACCACAAGUUUCUGGAGCUGGUCUGCAACUCUCAGGAGGAGCUGGACAUCUGGAAGUCCUCUUUGCUCCGGGCUGGCGUCUACCCAGAGGAGGUCACGGUCGACGUGCAGGCCAACGGCCUGUCUGAGAACUUCACGGACCCCCAGCUGGAGCGCCAGGUGGAGACCAUCCGUAACCUGGUGGACUCCUACAUGGGCAUCAUUCACAAGACCAUCAAGGACUUGAUGCCCAAGGCCAUCAUGCACCUGAUGAUCAACAGCGUGAAAGAGUUCAUUAGCUCCGAGCUGCUGGCCCAGCUCUACGCUCUGGGAGACUGCUCGGCGCUGAUGGAUGAGUCACCCGAUCAGCGGCAGCAUCGGGAGCAAGUGCUCGGCAAGCACGCCGCCCUGCAGGCCGCGCUCAACAUCAUCAACGAGAUCUCCACCUCCAGCUAUGCCGCCCACUCGGACCUCUCGCGCUCCGGCACACGACACUGCAGCUCCACGUGGUCGAAAAAGGCAGCGAAUGGCGGCAAGUCUCAAACCCGUGGCCGGGCCCCGCCCGUGCCCGUCCAUGCCAACCAGCGGCUUCCCGGCCCAGCUUGCGUGCCCAGGAGGCCUGCUCCGGCAGCCCCAAACUCCAAAUAGGAGGACGCCGCCGCCCGCAGCCCCGGCGACCUCUAUCCAGCUGUGCGAUGUGUGAUCCGUCCCGAGCGCCGUCGUCUGCCGCCUGCACACUUUCGCAAGUCAUGAGUUUGUUUUGUACAGACACUACCGUAGGCUGCUGACUUUUUCCACAAGUGCCUGAACUUUUUGUGUAAAUAGAGAGUAAAAUAGCAGCUAUGCUAUGAACGGUGGGGGGAAAAAACCCACAACACUAUUUUAUAACUUUUUUUAAUAAUAAAGAGCCAUUUUAUUUUUCAACAUCA